UGCUCUGAUUCGCUGAAAAUUUAUGGAAGGGGGUAUCACAAGCAAAGUGAACAAAACUCGAGAUUUUCGUCAGUCGAAAUCAUUCUUUCAUUUGUAGUAACGCAGUUUACUUCGAUUUAAAAUGACUGGUCGUGGUAAAGGAGGAAAAGGUUUAGGAAAAGGAGGAGCCAAACGCCAUCGGAAAGUGUUACGUGAUAACAUCCAGGGUAUCACGAAACCAGCUAUUCGUCGUCUAGCUCGUCGUGGUGGAGUUAAACGUAUUUCUGGUUUGAUUUACGAAGAAACGCGUGGUGUCCUUAAGGUCUUCUUAGAAAACGUUAUUCGUGAUGCCGUCACCUACACCGAGCACGCCAAAAGAAAGACCGUUACUGCUAUGGACGUUGUCUACGCUUUGAAACGUCAAGGUCGUACUCUCUACGGCUUCGGCGGUUAAAACUUUACCCUUCCCCCAUUAUAAUCGGCCCUUUUCAGGGCCACCAAUAUUUUUUAAACGUUGAAUAGUCUACUUGUUUUAUUUUUCAACAAUCUUAUUUCUAGAAUGAAAUAAAAAUAAAAUGAAAAAUAAUCUAUCAUUAGAAAGGUUGCUGAUAUUUUAACAUCAGUACAUUACCAACUUUGUAAGAUAAAUAAAAUUAAAUUAUUAAAUGAUUAAAUUUAAAUUAUAUAAUUUUGAAAUAAAAAAAUUGAAAAUCAUUAUUCAAUGUAUAUAUUAGCACAAUAUAACUAAAUUACGUAACUUCAUCAAUUAAAUUCUUUUAUUUGCAUUUGUUUCAUAAUUAUUAAUAUUUUAACAAAGUUACGUGUUUGUAUUUGAUCUUUCAUAGUAUUGUCAUACAAAUAUGCUAUUUUUAUGGAACUGAACAAGUUUUAAUUUAAUCGAUAAAUAAUUAAUUAGAAUAGUACUGGAAUUUAAUAUUUUUCUUAGCUGAUACCAAAACUUCUUUAAUUACUACAUUUAGAAUAUGAAGUCGAAUAGUAGGUGGAUGCCAUGAAAUACUUAUCCUACACUUAGUGUAUUUUAUUUGGUUUCAAAUAUGAAAAAUACAUAAAAGAAUAUUCCAUACAUAUAACUAAAUUCUAUAUUCAUUUCCUAUCCAUACGAUCAAUACUUCGUUGAA